AGUGUUGAAAGUGGAAGCGAGAAGAGCACAUUGGCGCGGAGCUGUGUGUUGUGUGGUGGUGAAGGGACAAAAAAUCGAUUUUCAUCUCACAAGAGCUAAAAAGACGAAGGAGGGCAUAACACAGAGUAAAGUGAAAAGCGGUCAAAAGAAAAGCUUCUAUCGCUAAAAAUUGUUUGUACCGUUCAGAGGUAUCUACGGGCAUCCUCACUACCUGUCGGAUUACAAAACCGCACACACUCUGGAAACAUUUUUUUCACAUCUCAGUGAAUUUCCCAAUAGUGUGGCUCAUUUUUUUUCUCUCCAUCUAUUAGUUGUUGGCUGUUGUUGCCCAUCGUGAAGUUAUCCCGCAGUGUGUGUGCUUUUUCACCUCCUCAAAUGGGGGGCCUUUGAAUUUUUAUCCACCCUCGUCCUGUAAUUGCUUUCAACUGAGGGUGGCUCUCGGCGGGGUGGUGUGAGUGAUUAAAAGUGAAGUGGAGAUAUUCACUCGGAAAGGCUAUUACUUAUACUUUUUUUUUCUACACAACCAUCCAGAGUGAUUCUUUAGUGCUCCGCAGGCAAAAGCUUUUGCCAAAGCAAUUUACGAACAAGGCAUUUUGUGUGUGUGCAGAUAGAACCGUGGUGGCAGUAGCAAGACGAAAAGCUCUGUGCGAUGUGGAAUAUUUUUCUUGUUCAUAUUGAGAAAAAAAUUGCCCGAGAGUUUAUGGCGGAGAAUUUUCUCCCCGAGGAUUUUCUUUCAAAGUGUACACGAAGAGCUUUGUGAAAGCUCAAGAGGGGUGAGACAAAAGUGUAUGUAUGUGUAUGAAAAAUGAGUGAAGAGUGGAGCAUUUUCUCCGAAAAAUCUUCAACAGCAGUGUAUCCCAUCGGAGUAUAGGAACCCCCAUCGUCGUUUUGUACACAUUUCUCGAAGAGACACACAUCGCGCGCCCCUUUUGCCCGCUCAUUCCCGUGGGAGAAAACCCCACAUAUAUAUAUAGUGAGCAAAAGAGCUUUCGCGAGUGGAACACUUGUAAGCCACAGUGCUCCUUGUCUCGUAAAAGUAUGACCAGAAAGUGUUUUUCUUCUCCGUGACCAACCUCUUCCAAACCCGGAAAGGCUGUGUGGGGGUUGCAAAAUUUAUGGCAAGCCAUCUGCAACAACCCCUAAAUGGGAUCAGUCUGGAAGGUUCAACCACCAUGCAGUUGUGCCCCACCGUGAAUCGCUGAUUGUUGCUCAUGUUUGGUGGUUUGGUGGUGGGCAAAGAGUGUGAUCGGAAAAUGUGUCAUUGGAUUUCACACAAGGACCUGUGGUGAAUUAAUGUCGUUGCGGUUGACAAGGAGGAGGCCCACAGAGUGACAAGGUUUGGGGAUGAACGUGGGGAGCUUAUUAAAUAAAUGUGAUAUUGCAAAGUCCCUCUCCUGGAGAAAAUCCAUCAAUAUUGUGGUGGGUUCACUGUGUGUAUACAACAACCCAGUGCUGGUGGUUUUUGCGUGGAUGUAAGCUGGAAUAUAUAUAAUAUACCUACCUACAUAAAAAAAGUGAGAAGAUCUAUGUUCAUGUGAUAAAUCAACGAAUGUUAGAAACAUUCAUCGUGCCAGGAAGAAAUGCCACACAAAACGGAAAUGACGAUAGUUAUUCAAAUAUCUCUCCUCUUGAUGGUCAUUUGUAAUUUCCGUGGCGGAGGCUGCGUCAAGGACGUACCUCAAUACUCAACGGAGGCCGUUGUGGGCGAGACCCUCCAUCUCCAUUGCAAUGUGAGCACAAAUCCAGACACGGAUGAUGAUGUGGUUCUGGUGCUGUGGUAUCGCCAGGACAAGGGAACCCCCAUCUACAGUGUCGAUAUACGGGAUCAGAACUUUAAGGGUGCCAAACGAUGGUCUGACGAUGGGGUCUUCGGGAAUCGGGCCCAUUUUAUGUUCGACAAGGACUUUGAUCACUUCCUGGGCGAACUGACGGUGCAGGAUGCAAAGGAAUCCGAUGCAGGACUCUAUCGGUGUCGGGUUGACUUCAAAAUUGCCCAGACACGAAACAGCAUGGUCAAUCUCACAAUAAUUGCUCCUCCGGACAGGAUUGCCAUUAAAGAUGAGGCGGACGUGGAGCGAGCAUCCGUUGUUGGUCCAUAUGCCGAAGGGGACUACGUGAAGCUCAAAUGUGAGGUAUUUGGUGGGAGACCUCCGCCCAAAAUCAACUGGUAUCGCGAUGGGAAGCACAUGAUGAGUGACAUUCAGUCCUCCGCCUCGGGCAGGAGUAAGGUGAGCAUCAUAACGUUUGGACCGCUCUCAAGGCAGGAUCUCAACUCUGUGGUGUCGUGCCGGGCCAGUAAUCAUCCCAGGGCGCCACACAAAGAGGUCACCGUGCAGAUUGACAUGAAUUUUGCUCCGCUCAAUGUUAAGCUUCUGGGGACGCAUCAGCCACUAUCGGAGGGACGACGCUACGAUUUGCUGUGCCAGAGCUCAGGAUCUCGUCCACCGGCCGUUAUCACCUGGUGGCUCGACAACAAGCGACUCGAACAAUCCACGGAGAUGACAUCCAGCAACGGAAACCAAACAACAAGCACCAUCUCAAUUGUCUUUAAUCGCAAUGACUCGAGUAAGUUUCUCUGCUGCCGUGCUUACAACCACGUUGUGUCGUCAAAAUCACUCGAAGAUGGUUGGAAGUUGGACAUUCAAUAUAUUCCUGAGACGAAAAUUCGCCUUGGAACUUCACUCGACCCCAACUCAAUCUACGAGGGUACGGAUUUAUACUUUGACUGUCUCAUUUCGGCCAAGCCAGCAGUUUAUCGCGUCGAAUGGCGCCACAAUGGUCGAACGUUGCCGCACAAUCAGCAACAGGGGAUUAUCAUCAGCAAUCAGUCGCUGGUGCUGCAGGGUGUUUCGCGCUCCACGGCCGGAAACUACUCCUGUGUGGGCUUCAAUGCUGAGGGUGAGGGUGUGAGUCCACCCUUCGAGUUGAAUGUUCUCUACGCUCCGUCGUGCUCACCAAACCAAACACGAAUCUACGGGGUGGCAAAGCAAGAGAAUGCACAGAUAAAAUGCACAGUAGAAGCGAAUCCACCUGAAGUGGAGUUCCGCUGGACAUUCAACAAUUCCGCCGAGAGCAUCGACGUAGCUGGCGGGCAUGUAAGUCGCUUCGGUACAUCCUCGAGUGUCCUGUACACACCAAUGACGGAGCUGGACUAUGGCACACUUAUGUGUCAGGCUACCAAUAAAAUUGGACGCCAGAAGGUGCCGUGUGUCUUUCACAUAAUAGCUGCUGGGCGACCAGACCAAGUUCACAAUUGUACCAUCACUAAUAUCUCCAUGAGUUCCUUCAGUGUCAAGUGCACUGAAGGAUUCAACGGAGGACUCACUCAGUCCUUCCUUAUUGAGAUUAAGGAAGCACAAACUGAAGAAGUUACAGCAAACUUCACCUCACCCAUACCACGUUUUGCUGUUUCCAGCCUAUUUCCCGGGCAUGUCUACAUCGUAACCGUGUGGGCUUUCAACGUUAAGGGGCGCUCCAAUGCUGUGUCCCUCCAAGUGGCAAUGCUUCGUCUUCCUGAGAAGCAACUUACUGCGGCAAACGAGCGCCCAAAAUCCCUUCUUACAUUCACACCGAUGAUUUCCAUAAUAAUUGGCAUCGCGGCGGCCGUUCUAAUUGGGAGCCUUACAGUUUUGCUGGUGGUGAGAAUCUCCUGUCGGCGCACUUGUUGCACCGUGGCAAAGGACAAUGGCCACAAGGACAUGAAUCAGCGACGCAAUCACACUGUUUGCGAAAGUUCGCCAAGUGGGAGUGAACGGAGUGGCGAGAGUAAAGACUUUGAUGGCAACGAAAGUGAUGAGAAGAACCCAGAUGUGAUACCAGACACCCUGGAAUCACUCGAUCAGAAGAAAUUCAUGCAACGAAGACUCCCCAUUUCGACAAUCGAAAAUGCAAAUUCCUGCCGACGUCCACCAAAUACAGCCGGACUUGCUGGACAAAGUCAGGCGAACAGCACAAAUGGUCUGGCGCCAUGCCAGCCGCCGAAUCAGCAGCAGCCCAUGGCCUAUUGCACCCUGAGAAAAGAUAGCAACUCCCGGUUAAACUUCCAGACUUCUGUCUCCAUUAAUUCUGUCAUAAACACCUACAAUUCCAAUAAGACUUUCACCCUGCCACGUCAUCCACCCAAUCAGGCGCGUCAGUGGGGUCCCCAUGAUCCAUCGGGAGCACCAUCGCCGCAACCGCCGCCACUGUGCUACAGUAUUCCGCCAACACUUCCCAGUGGCCAGGCGAAGCUUAUGGUGGCUGCAUCCCCAAUUGCCAUGCAGACACUGCGGACGAACGUGUACCCGCCAACACUGCCCCUUUCACUGGCUCCCGACUCCCCAAGCGAUGCCGUGGAUAUCCUGAAGAAGGAAAGCAAGGUAUGACAGUAGCUGCCUGUAGCUCAGCCAAAUUGCGAGCAAGCCCUCCAAAAGACUCCUGUAAAUAAUCAUGUAAAACUUCUCCCCACACGAAGAAUGUAAAUGGCGUGAAUUUCUCAGCAUUUCCCGCGUUUUUUUUAUGCGGGUUUCCAACUUCUUUUUUAUGGGGCACUAUUUUCAGUCCCUUUCUUAAGUAAAACAACAACAAAAGAAACCACCUCAAAGGGUUGUCCCGGGAAGAAUGUGCGAACAUCUCAAUAAUGAGGAAAAUAUUUAUACAUUUACCUUAUUAAUACCGAUUUUUAUGAAAAUAGUUAUUUAGUUUUAUUUUUCACCUCAAGAAAAGAAAUUUAUAAAUGAGAAAAAGUAAUAAAUAAAGUGAAAAUUAGUAAAUUUCUACCACAUUUAGAUGAAUCUCCAGAGACGUAUAAUCAAUCACUAAUUAAAUGAAAAUAGAAAUUUUAAUAUGAAAUCAUCUCUAAUAAAAAAAUUUCAUAGUGGGAAAGACAAAUAAAAAGAAAAAAGAAAAUGAAUUGGGGAUUCAUUGAGGUUUAAAAUGCGCUAUAGUGAGAAAAAUUGUGAGCAUUAGGUGAGGCAAGAGGAAGGAAAAAAAAAGAACUUUUUUUAGCUAAUGAGUCUCUGAAUACCUGUAAAGUAAAAUAUAUAUACGAUGGUGUAUUAAAUUGUGAAAAUGAGCAAAAGGGGUUGUGUGGUGAGGAAUAAAUCUCCUCCAGCGUACACACAUAGACAAGCGAAAGAGCAAUAAAGGCUCACAAAAGACAUCCAAUAAUUGCGAGGGAAAAUGAAUAAGGUUUUUGGGAUGGAGACGCAGGCUGAGUUAUUGCAUAAGAGAUAAGUACCAUUAAAAUACAUUUCCUGCAUUGCAGCUACAUAAAUGUAAAUAUUUAUUGCGCGAGAAACGGAGAUGAAAAUUAAAAAAAUAAAAAUAAAAUGGGGUACAAUGACAUCAAAAAGGCUCAAUAUUUGAGUUUCUGUGGGGAACUUAUCUCGCAAGAUUUUUUUUUAAAUUAAUUAACUUACUUAUUAGACAAAUUGUAAUUAUUUUUAUUGUGAUAAAGUUUAAAAAGAAAAUCGAUGAUUCUGAAUUAAAAAAAAAUUAUGAAACUUGCUCACUUUUUUUUUUCAAAAAAAACCCUCCUUUAUAUAUCUUUGAUAUUGUAUGUACCUUGUAAAACAUAUUUUUUAUCUCGAAAAAAAAAAUGUAGGAAAUUGUUUUUGUUAAACGGAUUGAAUGUAAAUGUUCUCUUUUGCAGAAUUUAAUUAAAUGUUCCAUUUGAUAGAUAAAAUUCAAAAAGUUUAGGCAAUUUUGGAUGAUAAAAUAUUCUCCCACACAAUUUAUAUUACCGGACUGACCAUGUGCAAUAUUUAUGAAAAUUGUGGUGGUAAAAUUGAAGUAUUAUUGUGAAUAAUGUCGUAUGUUAUUAUUCAUUGUUUUUGCAACAUUAUUAGAUCUUUAUUGAAAAACUGAUAAAUUUUAUCUUUUCAUUUUAUAAUGGAAAUCUAUGGACCUAACUUCAUCUCUUUAAUGUGCCAAUAACUGCUCACUGAAAAUAUUUUUUAUGAUUUUUUUUAACUAUCCAAUCAUGAAGCAAGUAAUCAAAAUUCAUAGCAUUUGGGUAGGAAUUCAAAAAAAAAAAAAAACUAGAUGUUAUUUAUUCGAGAAAAUUUUUUAAAGAAUCACGUUGAUUUAACGUGAAGGUUGAGAACUUUUACAAAAAAACAAUUCAGAGAAUAGCCGGAUCUCCGAGCAAUAGAUUUGCAAAUAGCAUAAAGAGUGAAAAAUGUAUUUAAAUUGCUCAAUUUUCCACACACAAUGACCUUAUAUGUAGGCUAAACUGUAGCGUCCAAGAACAGCUCAAUACUUGGAUUCGAAACUUUUUUUUUCAAAUGGAAAGAAUUCAGAGCUUUUCAUGUGCUUUUGGGAGCUUUCUUUCAUUAUUUUCUUUUAGGAAAUGUUCAAUAAUCAACAAUAUCUUUACUUAAAUGUCUUUCAUUCAUUUUAAAGAAAAAUGGAAAUGUUUUCAUUUUUCCAUAACCUCUAAAACCACGAAAAUAUCCAAUAGUCUGUUUAUUCAAAAAACACUUUGUGAAUUUCUCUAAAUUAUGAUCGUCUCCCAUUCUUGAAAGGCUAUUAAGAAAAACAUCUCAAAUAUUAGCAAAGAAAAUCUUCUGGAAUACUUGCACGAAAUGAAAGAUGUCUUGAGAAAACAGUCACGAUGCGAAAGCUUUAAAGCUGUGCUGAGCUUUUAUUUUCUUCUAAUUAUGUCUUGAUGAUGCAAAAAAUUGGAACAAGGGGUUGCGAAUAUUAUUUACUUUUUUUUAUUCCACAUAAUACUUUAAAUGCACACCGCGUUUUGAGAAGCUUUUCUCAGUUUUCCGCUCACGGAAUUUCAUUUUUAUGGACAUUUAUUGAAUUUCAUGAUUAAAUUUAAAAAAAAAAAAACCCGAGAGAUAAAUAAAAAAAUUUUGUUCCUUUGGAAUCAUAAUGAACUCAAUAUUGAUGACGAGAAAAUUCGGAAAAUUAACUUGAAAAAUUCAAAUUUAUAUAGGUUCCAAUUUUCGCGUUGUAAUGAAAUUAACAAAGCGGGAAAAAGCUUAAAUUAAUUCCCAUCACAGUGUAUUAAUUUUCAAAUUAUUUCUCACGUUGAUUUUAUAUUCCGCACCAUUCCAUUAUGUCAACUAUAUGCACACCAUACACACAAUUCUACGACAGUCAGUGAUAUAAUUCCAUAUAGUGAAAGACCGCAUUUCCACGAAAAGCUUCCAAAAGUCCUAAUUGUCUUUCCGUUCUCAUUUUCCAUUGUUGCACAAAAUUAUUAAUUUCAUCUGAUUCUUCAUGGCGCGGAGGAUACAAUUUGACGUUGAACAAUUGAUAGAUAUGCGAGAGCUUGGAGCGAAAAUAAGUUUUACACUUGAAUACUUGCUAAAUGAAUCGAAAAAGAUAUAUCUAUGGCUCUGGAGAUGCCGAUAAAAAAAGUCGGCUGGGAGAUAUGUAUGAAAAUCGACAGCACAUAUGCUGAAAUUGCAGCAAUUCGUAAAUAAUCACGAUCUCAAUUUCCAUUCUCUGACUUCGAGAGAGAUAUUUAGAAUUAUUGAAUUGGAUUUUUUUUCUUCUUCAUUCGUGUGUGGCACAAAAAUCGGGUAUCUCGUUAUAAGGAAGGAUUUUUUUUAUUAAUAUGUGUGGUGUACUUAUUUCGUGGUAUAUCGCAUCUUAGGGAGGGAAAUCUUACCUUUUUUUUUUAGCUGUUUUAAUUUGCUCCCAAAUGGUUGUGUAGGUGGGAAAGUUUUCUAAUCGAAUUUGAUAAUGACGUCCCGCGGUGAGUUUGUAUUAAAUGGAAAAUGCAGAAAGGUAAUCAUUUUCAAUUAAUUUUAUAUACUAUCUUCACCACAUACCUACCAGAAUGUUUUUCCAUUUGCCACCCAAGGGUUUUUCAUUGUGUGAGAGAGCUACCGCAAGAGAUGAGUAUGGGAUUUCCUUUCCCUUAUUUGUGGUUUAAUUGCAACAUAUUGCAAGAGGGAAAAAAAGAUAUUAACUGUGGAAAAUCCUUUGAUAAAUGGAAGAAAAAAAAAACCUCCCUCAUUGGGGAUUUAUAUCGUUUUAAUUGCCAAUUUAUAUAUAGUAUAUAAAAAUAUAAAUAGAAAAUGAUGCGAAUGUGUGCGACGAUCUUUCAUUAUUUAAUUGCUCAAUGAAAGUAUAAUGUAUAGAAAUAUAUUUCCAUUUGUGAAAUAGAACAGGAGGGGGUAAAAAUUUACUUAAUAAUGAUGAUAAAAAAAAACAAUCUCUGAGGAGGAAACAGAGCUCAAAAAACCAGCUGCAAAGUAAGGAAUAAAAAUUAUAUAUAAAAUGACUUAAUUUGUUAUAAGCAUUAUGAAUAAAGAAUGAUUAUAUAUAAAAAGUGGGAAGAAUAAAAAUAAAAAAAAUAUAUAGAAAUUUAGAGAGGUGAAUUUAAAGAAAAAAAAAAGUAAAAAGAAAGAAGACAUUUUUACUGGUGAAAUAGUGAAAAAAAAAUUUUCCAAAAAAUACAAAAGUGAGGAGAGUAGAAGAAUAAAAAAUAAAAAUGCAAAUCUAAAAAAAAA